AUGACCAUCACUCAAACACCGAAUGCCCAUAUCUCGCCUGCGAAUCAGGGCCCAUUCUCAUCGUUCACUCAAUUGUGUGCAGAGAGCGGUUUGUUGACUCGCCCUGAUGGGCUUGAAGACGGAGACCUUUGCGAUGGAUUAUCUGAUCCCUCGACCCUCUUACGCUUCCUCACUGCCCGCCAAUUCGAUCCCGAUGGUGCUAAAAAGCAAUUCCAGGAAGCCUCUUUGUUUCGCCAAGAGAAGCAUAUAAACAAACUUUUCGAUAUCAUCGAAAUUUCCGAGUAUGAGCAGACUCGUCAACUAUAUCCACAUUGGUCAGGAUGUCGAGACAAGAAAGGGUUGCCCAUUCUCAUGUUCGAUUUCGCUCAACUUGACAAAGACGCCCUUGCACGUUGGGAAAAGACACGCAAAAAUGCAGGCUGGGUGAACUCUCAGUCUGGGGGAAGCAAAAAACCAAACAUGUUACAGCUAGCAUCGGUGUUCCAUGACUCUUUGGUUCGUUUCGUCCUUCCUCUCUGUUCGGUCAUGACAGACAGACCAAACCCUUCAGUCCCAAUCACAAGCUCUACCUAUCUUUUGGAUGCAUCUGCCUUGGGACUAAAGCAGGGAUGGAGCGUGAGAUUCUAUGCUCAAGAGCUCAGUUGGUUGUUAUCAACUUGUUAUCCUGAGACAGUUGAACGCAUCUUUGUGUGUAAUGCGCCAUCAUACUUCGCCACUAUUUGGAAGUAUUUGAAAAGCUGGGUCGAGCCUAAAACGGCAGAGAAGAUCGUAGUACUUAUGAAUGCGGAGGUCUUGCCUACCCUCAGAGAGUACAUUGACGAUACGAACAUCCCAGUUGUAUUUGGUGGUGGCUAUUCUUUCAAACAUGGAGCAGUGCCUUGUCUGGAAGAUGGUAUCCUGCAACAACUUAAUUGGAAUCUUUCAAACGGGUCUUUGCCUCCUGGUCCCCUCAAAUGGGUUGAAGACUCGGACGGCAAAGUCACGGCACUGGCUGUGGGUAGCGAGGAUGGUUCAAAGAGAAGCAAAAGGAUCGCAAGUAUAGAUCGCGCUCAAAAGUAG